AGGCGUACGAAGAUAAGUUGUAACUGACGUCAUCAAUUUGAUCAGAGAGCAUCGCACGGUGCUCCGUGCUCAGUGCUCAGUGCUCGACAUUCAGGAGCACGAAGGAAGUAGAGAUUCUCCUAAUUAAUCAUCGACUGGCUGAGGAGAAACGCUCAUUGGCGCGACACCUCGGGCGAUGCGUGCAAGUGCCUUGCAGCCUGCAUGCAUUCGAAGCAACACUGAGAUAAAAAGGCGUUUAGGCGCUGUUCCAUCUUUGGGGGACUUUGGAUCUUCAUAAACAUCUACAACGGAGACCCUCACCAACAUGGACAAGGUGCCUGACCUGCACUCCAUGAUGGGCUCGCAUCUGGAGGAUGACAGCUCGUUCAUAUCCAACAUACCUGUCGCCAUGGAUAUAACCGUUGCCGUGGUCUACUCUGUGUUCGGGGUCUGCUCUCUGUUUGGCAACAGCAUGUUGCUGUACGUCUCCUACAAGAAAAAGCACCUGCUGAAGCCUCCUGAGUACUUCAUUGUGAACCUGGCUGUCAGCGACCUGGGCCUGACCCUCUCUCUGUACCCCAUGGCCAUCUCGUCCAGCCUAUAUCACAGGUGGCUGUACGGGAAGACCGUGUGCUACCUGUACGCCUUCUGCGGCAUGUUGUUCGGGAUCUGCAGUCUGACCACGCUCACCUUGCUGAGCAUGGUGUGCUUUGUGAAAGUGUGCCAUCCUCUCUACGGGAACCGGUUCAACUCCUGGCACGGCCGCGGGCUCAUGGGCUGCGCCUGGGCGUACGCCCUGCUGUUCGCCUCGGCCCCGCUGGCGCGCUGGGGCGAGUACGGCCCCGAGCCCUACGGCACGGCCUGCUGCAUCGACUGGCGCCGCUCCAACCAGCACACGCAGGCGCGCUCCUACACCGUGGCGCUCUUCCUCUUCUGCUACAUCCUGCCGUGCUGCGCCAUCGUGACGUCCUACUGGUCCAUCAUGGCCCGGCUGCGGGCCUCCCAGCGGACCAUGGAGCGGCACUCCCGGCCCAGCCCCCACAUGAGCAGCCUGCAGGCGGUGAUAGUCAAGCUGAGUGUGGCCAUCUGCAUGGGGUUCUUCGCAGCCUGGAGCCCAUACGCCAUCGUGUCCAUGUGGGCCGCCUUUGGACACGUGGACGCCAUCCCGCCCCUGGCCUUCGCCUUGCCCGCCAUGCUGGCCAAGUCCUCCACCAUCUACAACCCGGCCAUCUACCUGAUGCUGAGGCCCAACUUCCGCCGGGUCCUAUGCCGGGAGCUGGGCUUCCUGUGGUGUUCCUGCCUGAGCCGUGCGUUCCAGCCCCCGCCGCCGCCGCCGCCCCGCCCCGCCCCUCAAGCGUUGGCGGCCGGCCCACGCUCCGUCCAACAGACACACCAGUUUUCCACCGACACGGAGGGCAGCUCGUCCCCAUCCUCGCGGAAAACACUCGGUACCAGGUCCCGCAGCGAUAAACGCGGCGACGCCUUCGAGUGCUUCCGGCACUACCGGCACCGGUGUCGGGUCUGUCACCCCGGCCCCCAGGGUCACAAGUCCUGUGAAUGCCCGUCCGUGUCGGAUUCUAAGAGGAAUAACGAGCGGGGGACGCUGCGUUUUUCUCAGGUGAACUGUGUGCCGACCACUGUGGCGGAGAAAAGGACUUCAGACAUUGAGAACCUCCACAUCAACCUGGAGAUGAUGCCGGGGCACGCGAUAGAAGCUUGGCCUUAAACCGUUUUUAUGUUCUCCUUUGUAUAGGUUAUUGUUUACAGCGAAUAAGUAUUGACGUUGAUAUUCACAAUGCUGUGCAUUUCAAUGUAUGCAGUUUUCAGGAAUCCUAUUCAGGAAUGUAGUUCAAUAAGAUUCUGUAGUAUAUUCUGGCAGGAGAUUAUCCUGUCAUUUUUAUUAUUUUUUUCUAACUGAUAUAGGGACUGACCGUUCAAAGUGCUCAACUGAAACUAUGUCAAAUUAAUGUAGUCAUGUACAAUUUCAUCCAAUUAUAGAUACCACUUUUUUCUAACGAAGCUUCAACAGCUUCAAAGAAAUGUGCCAAUUCAAUUCAAGCCAAUUCUAAUAAAUUGAGUAAAAAUAAUGCAAUGAAAAUGUUUUGGCCUCCAGAUGUUCUCUGGAAAUACAUUGUGUUAGCUUAUAAACCCUUCGUACUUUCCUAGUAAACUAGAGUUGUGGCUGUGGUUAUGCUUUUAUUUCCCUGUCUCUGUCGUCACACUCUGCAGUCAGGUAGCCACAUCCUGUUCUCAAAGGGAAGAUACAUGCCUCAAAUACAACCAAACUUAUUUUUUUUACUAAAGGUGUUACACUUUGAUGUACUUCUGAUGUACUUGAAAAGUUAUUGUUUACACUUAGCAACGUUAUACACAGAUGGAACGUACAUAAUGUUUCUUAUGUUAUGUGGAUGUUUUUGUGUGGUGCUCAGUCUAUAUUUAUUUAUUUAUUUGCAGCUCAAUAUGAGAAUGAGCAAAGUGAUUCUGCAGCUGUGAAGUACCACCAGCAAAUCGAAAUGAUGAACCAUAAACUGUUCGUCCAUACACAUUAUCCAUAUGUGAGAGGUGGCAGCACGGCUGACAUGUCUGAAGUAGGCCUACAUACUCUUUGUUUUCCUUACCCAACACCCAUGGUGGUCCUAAGACUCACCUAUGCGUGACUACCAUGCAUUCAUUGACAAACUGUCCUUGUUUCUGGCCAUGUUCCACAAGGCUUAGAAUUAGUCGAUAAUUCAACCCUCACUGUCCAACCAAACUGCAGGAAGCUGCUGCGUGUUUUAAUGAAAUUAUUAAAUUGGA